AUGGCUCUCAAAUGGGAGCAUCGGGCAAUUCUAAUCGCCAAUAUACUCAUUGUUGUAGCCAUUUCAAUAUUUUCAUCCGGAUUUUUCCCCUACAAGUCUUUACUUCCAGGACUGGCCACAUUUGAUGAGACCAAUAUUGACACUGUGGCACCAAAAGUCUUUGAUAGAGUGAUUUUCAUGGUGAUUGAUGCUUUGCGCAGUGAUUUCGUUUAUUCGAAGAAUUCCGGAUUCUCUUUCACCCAAAGCCUAAUCCGUUCUGGAGCGGCGCUACCUUUCACGGCCCAUGCCAGCUCUCCAACGGUCACAAUGCCACGGCUCAAGGCCAUGACAACUGGCUCCGUGCCGUCCUUCUUGGACGUGAUAUUGAACAUCGCAGAAUCUGAUACCUCUUCUACCCUCGCAUAUCAAGAUACAUGGCUAGCGCAGAUAAAGGCGCAGGGAGGUCAGCUUGUCAUGUACGGGGAUGACACUUGGAUCAAGCUAUUUCCCGGAAUCUUUGAUAGGUCGGAUGGGACUACGAGUUUCUUUGUAUCGGAUUUCACUGAAGUAGAUCACAAUGUUACUCGCCAUGUCCCGCGGGAGCUAUCAGAGCGCGAUUGGUCGGCCUUCAUAAUGCACUUUUUGGGAUUGGACCAUAUUGGUCACAAAGCUGGCCCUAAGAGUCGACAUAUGAUGACAAAGCAACGAGAGAUGGACUCGAUCGUUGCUCUGAUUUAUGCCGCAAUGGAGGAACAGGAAUAUCUUCAAUCGACCCUGUUUGUUCUGUGCGGAGAUCAUGGCAUGAACGAUGCCGGGAAUCAUGGUGGCUCGUCACCAGGAGAAACCUCGCCCGCCUUGCUUUUCAUUUCACCGAAGUUUCAGACUAAAAGACGCCCCGAAGACAGUCCGGUUGAAGCAUUUAGCGACUUGCAAUACUAUCGGACUGUCGAGCAGAUGGACAUCACGCCGACUCUGGCAGGGCUCUUGGGUUUACCUAUUCCGCUGAAUAGUCUCGGCAUUUUCAUACCAGAGUUUCUAAUGAUGUGGAAUAAUGAUGCUCACAGAAUUGAUAUCCUGCUUCGAAACGCCAAGCAGAUGCUUAACGCAAUGAAGGGGACCUUUCCCGAUCUAGAUCUUGAAGCAACUACCCCUCCUCACGGCUGCGACAAGCAGUUGCCAACAGGUCCUGCCAAAGUUCAGUGUGCCUGGUUUCAAGCACUACAAUUGGUCCACGGACUGGGGCGUAAUAGAACAAAUCUGCCAGAUGUCGAAUCGGCUCUGCUCAAGGUUCUAAGAUCUGCCCAGGAAGUGAUGAGCAGCACUGCCAGUAAAUACAAUACAACAAGACUUUAUUUGGGCUUGUUCGUCGCGGCUCUUGCCGUCUUACUCUCCUUUUUUUCAGCAUAUGGAUUGGUCCGGAAGUCCAGCGAUGCUGUGACGUUUCUCAUGUUGAGCAUCAUAAGCUACAGUGGUAUGAUGUUUGCCAGCAGCUACGUGGAGGAAGAGCAACAAUUCUGGUAUUGGGUCAUCACGGCAUGGGCUGUCUAUUUGCACAUAAAAUCACUCCGCCCAUGGUAUGGCUCGAAAGAUGCUCAGUUCUCGUUCUCACCAAUUGCAAGAUGUAUGACAGUUGGGCUGGCCAUCUCUUAUCGGAUUCUCAGACGCUGGAAUCAAACAGGCCAAAAAUUUGCUGCUGAGCCAGAUAUUGCGCGAAAUUUGUUUCCUCGGCAUCAGAACAUCUUGUGGGCCUUGAUUAUACUGACUUACUUUGAUACAUGCAUACGCCUUUGCCUCAAUUCGCCCCCGAGUAAUAUCUGGCGUUCUGCAGCUAUACUGACGACAAUAGCGGCCUUCUUUUUCAAGCUGGUUUUCGUGGCGUCCGACUCACCCGAGCUUCUUGACGAGUCCCUCCUGUCGCCCAUACAGAAAAGCCUUGAAGAGAUGCCACUGAUUCUACCCGCAAGGCUCGUCUUCUGUGGAAUUGCCCUACUAGUAGUGACAUCGUUCUGUAUGAUGAAUGCCACGCAGAAACGAUCUUCUUUAACAGGAGUGAUUCCGCUGGGCACUAUAUUUCAUGAAAGCCUGACCCUCUUCUUGAUAACGCAGUCAAAAGCGGUUAAUAUCCCGGUCUUUUUGAUGUUUCGACUACAGGCUAUAAUUCUUGAUUCUCUGAAAAUGAGCGCUACUGAAGUGACCAUUACGUCCUUGCUUUCACAGAAUAUGACCUUUUUUGCAUUUGGAGGUUCGAAUGCAAUAUCUUCUGUCGAUCUUUCCAACGCAUACAACGGGAUUGGCAGUUAUAGUGUUGUGUUGGUGGGAGUCUUGACAUUCAUAAGCAAUUGGGCUGGGCCCAUAUGGUGGGCAUCCGCUGCUCGACUUCUCUACUCAAAUCCAACCUUUGCGGAGAGAUACGGUCAUAGAACCCUCCUAACCUUCCAUGCUGCAAUGUCUUUGAUGUCCGUCAUGGCGGCUUGUACAAUGUUACGGACACAUCUUUUCAUCUGGACAGUCUUCUCACCAAAAUAUCUCUAUACAUUGGCGUGGACUAUUCUCAACCAUCUAUUUAUCAAUUUACCGGCUACAGCGAACAUGUCGCAAGUUUUGAACUGGCAAUAA